GUUUUUGACGGACAGGCUGAGCGCGCACAGGUGUGCUGAUAGGCCGUCUGUGCCAUCUUCCCCCGGCGUGCUGUUGGCACUGUGUCGCUGGCACAUCACUCUGUUUGGUGUUUGCCCUGACAUGCAAAUAGUCUGAAAUCUAUCAGCUGUACGGGAAACUAGAAUCGAUAAGCUGUAGUUGUUCCAUUCAUGUGAGUUUCCUGGUUUCAGUGUAGCAAUGCAGUGUGUGCUGCUCCUCCAGGUGUGCCUCCUAGGAUUUGGCUUGUCCGCGGCCAGUCCUGGAAGGAAGUUUCUGACUAUGUUCCCUCCACAUAAUGACCCAGCAGCAAAUGUUACCCAUCAAGUCACUAUCACAGCCACUGGUGUUUGGUCCUCCGUCAUUGUGGAGGUGCUGGAAAGCAGUUUCCUGCAACACAUCUACCUCUCGGCCAGCCAGUCAAAGACAAUCCACCUGCCACUGUCUGUGGGAAUGUCCGGUGAUCGUUCCUCCCACCUCCUCAGUGUGAGGUCUACGUGGCCUGUUACAGUCCUUGCAUCAUUCUGUACCCACACUGGUUGUGACCACAGCCUCCUCCAUGAUGUGUCCUCCUGGGGGACCCACUACUAUCCCAUUACUCCUGACAUGUCUGCUGUCAGCCAGAUGGUGAUCACCAGCUCAGACCGGGAGACAUCCGUGGAUGUCUUCCUCUCUGGAGACGUGCUCUCUGAAGGCAAUAUGUAUCCCAGGGGUAGUGUCCUUAAGUUGCAUAUAGGGGGGCUGCAGAGUGUUUACCUCCAGAGCAACUCAAGCCUGUCUGGCUCAGAGGUAAUCUCCAAAGAAGCUGUAAGUGUAGUGGUUGGUUUUACCUGCACCAAACACACAGCCCAGGAUUGCUCGUAUGGAUUUGCUGAACUGAAACCAGUCUCGCACUGGAGUUUUGAUUACAUUAUACCUCCUUUGGCAAACACAGGAAUGAGUUCCAGUUUCCUGUUGGCAAUAGCUACCAUUAACUCACACCUGGACGUCACUGCCAGCACCGAGCGACAGAAUAUGUCUCUGGUUGGUGGCGUUAUGAAGGUCAUUCCAGUCGUGGCCUCAGAUAAAAUCCACAUUAUCAGUGACAGUCCUCUUCAGCUUGUUUACUUCAGACGUUACAAUGCACAGCAGAGACCUUCAACUCUAAUAGUACUGCCAUCUGUUGAUGAUAUCUGCCAGACUGUCGCUAUGUUUGAUUCAGGUGAUAUGAGUAAGCAGCAAGAUAACAGUACAGGCACAGGAGAUUUGCAGUCUGGUUUUAAAUUCUCCCUGAAGCCCAACUUUACUCAGCUGCCUGACGGUAAUGCUGAGCCCAGUUCUCUUCACACAGACACAGAUGUGGGGAAUUACCUGAGCACCAUGAGCAGACAAUAUCCAGCAGUGUGUUACAAAACUGCAGCGUCUUGUGAAGAGCUGCGCUGUGGUCACAAACGGAAGUGCUUUAUCAAAGAUGGAAAGCCACUCUGUGUUUCAAAAACUAAGAUAUGCUCUGCGUGGGAUGACUCUUAUUACCGCACGUUUGAUGGAGGAGAUUUUGUCCUGCAGGGAAACUGUAACUACACUUUGGUUCAGACGACCUGUCCAGGCUUAAAUGCUUCUAUUCCACUACAGAUUAAUAUAGCACGAGCAUAUUUGAAGAGUGCCACUGUCUCCACCAUCCACACAGUGGAGAUAAGCAUCCAGGGCUUUAACAUCUCCAUAGUUAAAGAAGACAAAACGUAUGUUAGGAUUAACGGACAGAAAAAGAACCUGCCCCUCACUCUGGGAAACGGGUCCCUGAACUUUUAUCAAAGUGGCUCCAGCGUUGUCUUAGACACCACCUUUGGCCUGGCUCUGCAGUACGACUGGAAACACCAUCUCCAGGUUGAAGUUGGCCCAGAGCUGUAUGGCCUCCUGUGCGGUUUGUGUGGAAAUGCUAAUCGCAGCUCCUCAGCUGGCGCCAUUGCCCCUAAUGGCACUGAUGAUACCCAGACAGUGGAUUUCACCCUCCCAUGGGUGGUGAACGGUGACACAGGCUCCUGUAUUGAAGACUGCGGUGGUGGUGUCUCAUGUCCAGUGUGCACUCGAAGCCAGACCAAAUCAUUUCCUGGCAAUAAAGGCCGCUCCCUUGGGAUUGGGUGCACUCUGCUUGUGAGGAGCAAUGGACCUUUUGCAGACUGUCACUUGUAUAUUGAUCCUGAGCCCUUUGUUCGUAGCUGUGUGAACAGCCUGUGUGUCAAUGAAGAUGCCUCCUCUGUAUGCAAGGUCUUGACGGCCUAUGCCAACAUCUGCCAGAGGCUCUCGGCCAGAGUCCAAAACUGGAGAACCAUCUCACAGUGCUCUAUGGUAUGUCCAAAAAACAGCCACUAUGAGAUCUGCGGUUCUGCCUGCCCUGCUACCUGCGCUAACCCGGAGGCCCACAGCAAUUGCUCCCUGCCCUGUGUGGAAUCAUGCCGGUGCAACAAGGGGUACCUGCUGAGUGGUGGGAAGUGUGUACCACACAGCAAGUGUGGCUGUCUUCACCAAGGGUCCUACUAUCACCCCAAGGAGAACUUCUGGAUCGACGAACACUGCCAGGAGAAGUGUGUCUGCCAGCCCAGCUCCAAGACGGUUAUGUGUGCUCAGUCUCAAUGCCAGGAUGGAAAAGUGUGUAAGCUUCUGAACGGAGACCUCGGCUGUCACGCGGAUGGGCCCGGAGUGUGCAUAGCCAAAGGAGAUCCUCAUUAUACCACCUUUGACGGGCGUCAUUUUGAUGUGUAUGGCAACUGUACUUAUCUACUCACUUCUCACUGUCCCACCUGGGGGGACCUGGAAGACUUCACCGUGGAGGUCCAGAACCACAUAGAGGAUGCUACAAAUGUUUCCUUUCGGCAUGUUAAAAUGGCAGUCUUUGGUUACUCCAUUGAGAUGUCAAAUGAACAGAGGAACAGAGUUAUGGUAAAUGGUCUGCUACUGCGUCUUCCAUCUGUUUUGAGCCAGGGCAAAGUAAAGCUCUACAUGGCUGGACUCUCAAAGUGUAUAGAGACUGACUUUGGCCUUGUGGUAACACACAGCUCUGAUGUCCUGACUGUUCGAAUGCCAAGGACCUACUCUGGUAAUCUCUGUGGCCUGUGUGGGGACUUUAAUGGCAAUCCAGAAGAUGAUGUGAUGCCCGACGACGAAUCCGAUAUGUCUCAGGCCGUGAGACACUGGAAAACCAGCAGCAUACAUGAAUGCGUGGAUGUGCCUAUGAACAACUCGGGUUGUAAUUCACACGAUCGGACUCUUUAUGAGGGGAAAGAUUUCUGUGCAAGGUUACUGGAUACAGAAGGAGCGUUCCAGAGCUGCCAUGAAAUGGUCGAUCCACAAGAUUUUUAUGAUAACUGUGUUCAUGACCUCUGCUUUAGUAACCAGGCCACCCUGUGUCAGAUUCUGUCCAGCUAUGUUGCUGUAUGUCAAGAAAUGGGAGCUAUAGUGGAUGAAUGGAGAAAUUUAAACUUUUGCAAUCACUCCUGCCCUCCUAACAGUGAAUACCACCUGUGCUCCACUCACAUGUCUGACUGUGUGGCAAACCCAAGUCCUCCAGCAGUGAAAUGCAAAGAGGGAUGUUUCUGCAAACCUGGGUUCUUCCACAGUGGUGGGAAAUGUCUACGAAACUCUGAGUGUGGCUGCAUUCACAAUGAUGUUUACUAUGAAAUCCAUGAUAACUUCUACCCCGAUGAGCACUGUAAGCUGCACUGUGUCUGUGUGGGCCACAACACAGUGCAAUGUACCAACCACACAUGUCCAAAAGGAACAACAUGUGCCACCCAAGAUGGCCACAGGGCAUGUCAUGCACCACAACCCGUUAAAUGUGCAGUCAUGGGCGGCAGGCACUUCACGAACUAUGAUGGACGUAGGUUUGACUUUAAUAUGGGAAGCUGCCGUUAUGUUCUAUCCCGGGUUUGUGACGAGGAAGAGUCUGAGCCCACUGUUAUUAUCCAGCAAGGACAGCUGCACCUCAGGGUCCGUGGAGUGAACAUAUCUUUGGAGAUGGAGCAUUUGGGAAAAGUAAAGAUUGAUGGUGUUUUGAGGAGGCUUCCUGUCCAGCUGGAUCAUGCAGCAAUACUGUUUUCUGGCUCGCUUACUCGUGUUGUUGUAGACACAGGGACUGUUGUCACUUAUGGAGGGCCUAAUCUGGUACAAAUAGUGAUUCCUGCCUCCCAUAGCAAAAUGUGUGGCUUGUGUGGAAACAUCAGUGCCAUUACUACUGACAAACAGAGCCUGAAUUCCAGCCUUGCAAGUGAUGCUUUUAUCUUUGCAUCUUUGUCACUUUCACCUCCUGGAACAAACUGCUCUGAAAAAUGCGAUUCCUGUUCAGAGUGCAACUCUACCAUGGAAGCUUCAUUUGCAUCUGAUAACCUCUGUGGCCUGCUGCUCGCUCCUGCAGGAUCAUUUGGUGAAUGCCACUCCACUGUGGACCCAAAGCCCUUCUUUCACAACUGUGUGAAUGACUUGUGUUUGUCUAAUGGGAAUGAAGAAUUGUUUUGCAGCAGUUUGAGAGCGUACACUUUUGCAUGCCAGGAGGCAGGAGCGAAGGUCAAACCAUGGAGGGGUGAGAAGUGCACACUCUCAUGCCCCGAAAACACUCACUAUAAUAUAUGUGUCAGUGCGUGCCCUGAGUCCUGUGGCAUUUUAUCCGAUAUCCCCUGCCCAUGGGCCUGUUAUGAGGGAUGUCAAUGCAAGUCUGGAUACAUGCAGAGUGGGAAUGGCUGCGUCAAAGCUGAGGAAUGUGGUUGCUUCUACAGUGGGCACUAUUACAAGAUUGGGGAGAUAUCGUGGGCUGAGGGAUGCUCAGAGCGGUGUAACUGCUCCGCCGCUGCCACCAUGUGCUGCGAGCCAGCCUCUUGCCCCGAGGGAGAGAGCUGCACCCUUAACAAUACCUGGGGCUGUGCAAGGAAAGGUGAUAAUGAUUCUAAAAUCUGUGAAGAUGGCAAGACUUGUGGUGUUCAAAGCCAACCUCUGCAAACCCAGUGUUGGGUACUGGGAGGUGCCCAUUUCUACACUUUUGAUGGGAAGGUGUUUGAAUUCCUAGGAAACUGUACCUACACUCUGGCCCAACUAUUGAAUGACACCAGUGAGAAUUUGACAUUUUGGGUAGGGGUACAGAAAGACAGGACCCCCGACGAGGCUUCCUCUCUCAAAGCUAUCCAUGUCAAAAUGGCUCAAGACAAUAUUACCAUCUACAGAGGGGAAAAAGGCCAUGCUUGGAUAAAUGGCGAGAAAAGGCUACUACCCGUGACUCUGCAGUUUGCACGCGUGAAGAUUUAUCAGAGUGGCAUGUUUGUUGUUGUAGAUACUCACCUGGGAAUCCAAAUUAAGUAUGACUGCUCUCAUAUUGCCACUAUCCUCCUCUCCAAUACAACAGCAGUCCAUGGCAUGUGUGGGAAUAAUAACGGCAUUAAAGAUGAUGACCUCAAGACCCCACAGGGGGAAGCUGUUGAUGCUACCACCUUUGGCUGGAGCUGGAGAGUUGCUGAUCAGGAAGCUCGGUGCACAGCAGAUUGUGGAGAUGCCUGCCCACGCUGCUCUGCUGAGCAGCUACUGGAGAAGGAUGUCGCCAGUCAAUGGAUCUCUAUGCAAGAGAACAUCUGGUCACCACAAAAUCCAUUCUACGUGUGCCGGGAAGUUGUUAAUUACACUAAAAUCUCAGCAGGUGUCAGCAUGUUUGACCUGUGCUCUAGUAAUGACACUCAGGAGGUCCUCUGCCCCAUCUUGGAGGCCUACGCUGCCGCCUGCCAAAAUGCCCAGAUCCACAUCAGAGAGUGGAGGAACAGCACCUUCUGCCCCGUUUCCUGCCAACUGAACAGCCAUUAUAAGUCCUGUGGCUCAGCCUGCCCUCCCACCUGCGAGGACCCAUCCGGUUCAAGACCGUGCACCCUGGCUUGCGUGGAGACCUGCCAGUGUGACCCAGGGUUCGUCAUGGACGGUGACACCUGUGUGCCCUUAUCCCAGUGUGGCUGCACUUACAACGGCUACCGUUACCAUGGCAACCAGACCUUCUGGGCAGACGAUGGAUGCACCAAACAGUGUGUUUGUGACCCCAGCACCAACCAGACGCAGUGCCGUUUGGAUUCCUGCGACCCCGACAAAUUCUGCGGCCUUCAAAACGGAGUCAGAAGCUGUGUGCCACACCCCCAGCAGACAUGCAUGUACACCGGUCAUCACGUAAUCACCUUCGAUCAGCAUGACUAUGAUUUGCACGGCACCUGUCGGUACCAGUUACUGGGCAUGUGUGGACAGGUACGAGGCCUCGAUCCCAUUCAGGUUUACGUACAGACGGAUGGACACUUGGCCUCAGCGCUUCAUGUCCUGGUCAAUAUAAGUGGUGUGCUUGUGGAGCUAAACAGCAAAAACAGUGAGAGCAUAGAGGUCGAUGGUGUCAAGAGGAGCAUGCCCUAUCACUUCAGCCCUUCUGCGCUGGCGUUCUCUUUGGGGCUGCACACUUACAUCUACACAGACAUGGGCUUUGAAUUUAGUGUGGGCAUAGAGGGCAUAGUCAGCAUUAGUCUCUCCAGUAAAUAUGCUAAUGCUACUUGUGGGCUGUGUGGUAACUUCAACUCUGAUCCUACUGAUGACCUCACAGCAAAUGGCCUACAGGAGCAUCUCAGUCCAGAGCACUUUGGAAAAGCAUGGAGGAGUGGGCCGAAUCCUUGGUGUGUGGAGGGCUGUCUGGGAGGAAGUUGUCCAAAAUGUUCAUCUGAGCGUCUGGCCCGCUUCUCUGACCCGGAGGCUUGCGGGAGGAUUCUGGAAGUUAAUGGACCAUUCAGGCACUGUCAUGGCAAAGUGGACCCCUCUAGCUUUUACAAGCGCUGCGUCAGUGACCUGUGUCUUCAUGGAGGUCUCCAGCCUGCACUGUGUCACUCCCUGGCAGAGUAUACUGCUGUCUGCCUUUCCCACAAGGCUACAGUUUCUGCCUGGAGGAGUCCUGGAUUCUGCUACCUGUCCUGUCCCUCCAGUACCAGCUACAACAUGAGUUCUGCCUCUGUUCAGCUCUGCCUCAGUUGGCAGAAUAACACAGUAGAGAUGCCUCCAAACAUGGGGGAGAACUGCCUUUGUGAAGCGGGGUUAGUUCACAGUGGCAGCCUGUGUGUCUACCCAGAAAACUGUGGCUGCUUCCACCACAGAGAAUACCUCAGAGCAGGACAGGAGGUGUCUACCUGCGAGCAAAGCUGUUUAUGUCAUGCUGGGGGACGCGUGACUUGUCGUAAUGUCUCCUGUGGUGAGGAUGAGGAGUGUAAGCUUAUUAAGGGUGUUCAAGGUUGCCACCCCAAACCCAAAGUGGCACGCUGCUCUGUUGAUGGAUCCCAAUACACCACGUUUGAUGGACAGGCAUUUGAAUUUCAUGGUUCAUGUAACUACACCCUGGUGCAGACGUGCCUCAAUAAACUGGAUGUGGAGCCUGUUUUCAUAGCUGCACAGGGCAACCACAGCGAGGGCAGGCAGAUCUACUUGCAAGUCGAUAAAAUGCAUUUUAAGAUGUCAGCAGCUUUUCCUGGAAAAAUUCAGGUAAAUGGAGUUUUCGAGAACCUGCCGUUCUCCCAGAGCAACUUGACUGUACAUCAGAAAAAUGGACGGAUAACCAUCAAGACCCUGCAGUCUGUUGAGCUAAUUUCAGACCUGCAAAACCACAUUCUGGUCAAAAUCCCCGACAUUUACCACCAGACAACCUGUGGCCUUUGUGGAAACUACAAUGAUAAUCCUUCGGAUGACCUGCAGCUGCCCAAUGGCACCAUGAUCUCUGAUCCUGACAUUGUUGGGCUGUCAUGGAAGUUGUCUGAUACCAAAUCAUCCUGCAGCAACACAUGUGACAGUACCUGUCAACUCUGCCAUUAUCCUGUGCCUGAGUACACAUCUGACCUGUACUGUGGCCUUCUCACCCAUCCCACGGGUCCGUUCUCCUCUUGUCACCAUUUAGUGUGCCCGAAUAAAUACUACGCACUCUGCAUGGAAAAUCUUUGUGAAGCAGAGGGACAACACUGGGCUCUGUGUGACGCACUGUGGGCCUACGAGGCAGCUUGUAAGGAGGCGGGAGGGAUGGUUGACCUCUGGACGAACUCCACAGGCUGUGCUUAUGAAUGUCCUCGAUUCAGCAACUACAGCCAGUGUGCCAAUGCUUGCUCCUCACUGUGUCCUGAGAUUAGCCAGACGGUGCAGUGCCCCAGAGACUGCGAGGAAGGCUGCCAGUGUAAUACCGGACACCUUUAUGAUGGUUAUUCCUGUGUUCCAGCAGAGCAGUGUGGCUGUGUACAGGACGGGAGGAGGUUUAAGGCCUCUGAGAGCAAACUGCUACAAAACUGUACUGUUAACUGCACCUGUGGGCCUCCUCUCGUCUGUGAGCAAUACUCAUGUCCUGCAUUGCACAGCUGUGUAGUUUCAGAUGGAAUUAUGGGUUGCCACAAGGAGGCACCAACCCCUGAUCCAUGUGAGGGAAAAUGUGAUGAAACUGAGACGUGUCAACUGAGCAAUGGCACACACAUCUGCGAGAGUCGUCGCGGUCUGUGCUGGGCCUGGGGAGGCCGGCACUACCACACCUUCGAUGGGCUCAACUAUAACUUCGAGGGGACCUGUGCCUAUCUGCUUACAGGCAGCAGGGGGUCAGCAAAUGGUCUGACACCCUUUAGUGUGUCCAAGAAGAACAACUGUAAAGGCAGCACUGUGUCGUCCACACAGGCGGUCACUGUAAAAGCUUAUGGGUACAUCAUUAAGCUUAGUGGAGGAAAUGGCAGCGUACAUGUUAACAACCAGGUGACUAAUAUUCCUGUUAAUCUGUUGCGAGGUAAGAUCCAGGUUUCUUCCAAGGAAGGCAAAGCUGUACUGAUGACUGACUUUAUGCGUGUAGUAUUCGAUGGGAACUCUAAUACUGUUGUGAAACUGGACCCAUACUACAAGGGUAAAGUGUAUGGGCUGUGUGGCAAUUUUAAUGGUGACCCUCAAGAUGAGUAUCCUGUAACUACACCUGGUUCCCCUCCUGUCAACACAACUGCGGCGCUCACUGAAGCUUACCGGCUCUUCGAUGGGGACGAUAACUGUUGUACUGGCUGUAAACGGAAAUCAGAUGAAGAUGACAUGCUUGCAGAUCCUGUUUCUGAGGUUGUCCCUGGUGGCAAAGGACAAUGUGCAGUGCUCAUGGAUCAGAAUGGUCCGCUUUCCCACUGUCAUAGUCGAGUUAAUCCAGAUUCCUUCUAUGACAGCUGUGUGUUUGAUCAUAUGCAUGACGGAGGGUCAGAACUUGCACUUGACGGGGCCAUGUAUUCAUAUUCCUUAGUGUGUGAAGAAGCCAGUGAUGGCUACAACGAUGAAGUGACAGCUGGUGUGCACUGUCCACCAAACAGCCACUACAAGACCUGCGGCUCAGCAUGUCCUCCAUCCUGUGAGUUUAACGCCACUUUCUGCAACAAGAAGUGUGUUCAGGCCUGCUUCUGUGACCCUGGCUUUAUUAGGAGUCAGAUUGGCUGUGUGCGUCCACAUCAGUGUGGCUGCACGGACUCCAGAGGCAAAUACUACAGCCUCAACUCAACUUUCUGGACGCCAGACAACUGUGGUCAGCUCUGUUUCUGUGGACCGGCUACUGGAGAGAUCCACUGCCAGCCAGCCCAGUGCCCCAGAGGAAUGGUCUGCAAGCGGCUACAGCACAAGCGGGUGUGUCAACCUGAAAAGCCUCAGAACUGUACUGUUGUCACCGGGCUGCAUUUUACAACUUUUGAUGGAUAUCAUUUUGACUUUCGGGACAGCUGUGCUUAUUCUUUGGUUCAGACUAAGGCCAACCUAACUGGACUAACACCAUUUAAUAUCACCAUCUCUGAUGCAAGUUGCCACAAAAGGCUUUUUCAUAGCCUGGAUUUAACACUCUCCAUCUAUGGUUUGGAGGUGGUGGUGAGAAAGGAUGACCCAGGGAAGGUUUUGGUUGAUGGACUGUAUAAGCCCUUGCCAUACUCUCACCAGACAGGCCAUGUUAAUGCCUACCACACACCUUCGUCUAUCAUCAUUCACACUGAUGUGGGGUUACAUCUGAUCAUCUACAACACUGGCACACUAAUGGUUAUCCUCCCCAGCAGUUACGCCUCCUCUGUCUCUGGUCUCUGUGGGAAUGCCAACACUGACCCUCACGAUGACCAAAUGAUGCCCAAUGAAGAGCUUGCCCAAAAUAAACUAGAGUUUGCCCACAGCUGGAGGAAGCCUGGAUCAGAGGCCUGUAGGUCCAACUGUUCCUCCAGACCGAAGCGUUGUCCUGCUGAGGUGCAGAAGCUUUUUGAAGGCAGUGAUUUUUGUGGGGUCUUGUUGAAUGAGCUAGGGCCAUUUGCAGACUGUGCGUCAGUGUUGAGUCCCAAGAUUUACUUCCACAGCUGUGUAACAGAUUCCUGCUCUUAUGACGGACACUACUCAGCACUCUGCAAUUCCAUUGCUGCUUAUGCUGCUGCCUGCCAAGCAGCUCAGCUGCCAGUCAGGCACUGGAGGAGUGACACUUUCUGUGGUAUGUCAUGCCCUAAGAAUAGCCACUAUGAGCUGUGUGGACCUCAAUGCCCUGUUGCGUGCCUCGGACUGUCCUCCCCAGCAGACUGUAGUGGAGGUUGUGAAGAGGGCUGCCAGUGUGACCCUGGCUACGUCCUGAGUGAUGGCCAGUGUGUGCUGGUUUCUGACUGUGGCUGCAUGCAUGAGGGGGAGUAUCACCCUGCUGGCCACUUCUACUCUGAGAAGAGCUGCCAAAAGUGUGACUGCAAAGGGGGAAGGGUGACCUGCGGCCCUGUGGAAAGCUGUUCAGUAAAGGAUGGCCUUACCGUGCAGUAUGGGGUGUGCCAAGUGUUUGCUGGCUUCGGCUACAUCACUUUUGAUGGUGUUGUUCUGCCUCACCAUGGAGCUUGCACCUAUAUAGUAUCAGCCCUCUCAUCUAAAGCCUUGCAUGACUAUACUCUGCUGCUUAGCUUUAAAAAGGACAUGACUGGCAUUUUCACAAUCAGCAGAGUGGUAUUUAAUUUGCAUUCAAUGGAGGUGUCCAUUGAUCCUGAAACUCUAUGGAAAAUACAAGUGAACAGAGAAGAACAUGGAGUGCCUUUCAACAAUGGACAACUAACAGCUUACCAAGAUGGCAACCGACUGAUUAUCAUCACACCAUCCGGGGUGGGGAUUGACAUGUCCUCCACCCAUUACCUCAGGUUGACUGUACCGCAGGUUUAUGACACCACAGCUUCAGGCCUCUGUGGGAACUUCAAUGGGGACAAGUAUGACGACAUGGAAAUGAGGAACGGCCACAUUGCAAAAAGCUUUGCAGAGCUCCUGCACAGCUGGGCAGCAGCUCCUGAAGAGCACUGCACUGACACUUGUGGGAGAGAGUGUGAGGAGUGUAGGCUGUCCCCACACGACAGCAUGGUCUGUGAUAUCCUGUUGAUCAAUAAUAUUGAAUUCCACCACUGCUGGAACAGUGAUGUGGAGCGAGAUAUUUACACACUCAUGUGCAACAGGGCACUUUGUGCCGGGGCAGCAGGGCAUGUGGCUGCAUGUCUAGCACUAGAAGCAUAUUCUGCAGCCUGCCAGAGUAAAGGGAUACCAGUGGGGUCAUGGAAAGAGAACACUCCAUGUGCUCUCCAGUGUCCUGACCGCAGCAGCCCCAGGAAGUGUGUUGACUCCAGCUCCAACUCAUGCCCCGCUCUGCUCCGGCCUGGCUCUCCAGCAACUGGCUGUUCAGAAGGCUGCGAGUGCCACAAUGGAAAUGUGUUUGAUGGGGGCGAGUGCGUACCUUACAGUCAGUGUGGGUGUGUUCAUCGUGAUGUAUAUAUCAAGCUGGAUGAACAGUUGUACACUGAGGACUGCACCCAGAGAUGCUGGUGCCACCCUUUGGGUGGGGCGAUAUGUGAGGGGGCAGAGUGCAGUGUGGGACAGCAGUGUGCUCUGAGAAAUGGUUCGUGGGGUUGUCAUGACAGACCUGAAGUUUGUGAGCUAAGGGGCAGCCUCCAGGUCUCCACAUUCAGUGGGCAGCAGCUGAGCUUGGAACCUCAGUUAUCUUACAGUCUGAUGUCCCUCUGUGACGAGGCAAGUGUGCACUGGUUCAGCCUGAUCUCUUACCAUGGACCUUGUGAUGGCAGCUCUUCCAGGCUGGUCACUGUGUUUCAAAUCCUCCUGCAUGGAGCAUCAUUAACUAUACAGGAAGGAGCAGUGAAGGUGGAUGGACGCUUCGUGUCCCUCCCUCACAUCUUGCCAUCAGGGGUGUCCCUGUCCUCUGGUGUGAGCCAGGACAAGUCAGAGGUCACAGUGAUUUUGAGGAGAAACACUGGUUUGGAGUCAGAGCUGGAGAUAGAGAUUGGUGUUACCAUGGUGACAGUCAAGGUCCCUUUCUGGUACUCAGGGAAAUUGUGUGGUCUCUGUGGAAACCUUAAUGACCUCCACUCACACAGUUCAGUCAGGUCAUGGGUUCUCCCUGACUUUCCUGGCUGCACCCUUAUCAGUCCAUCUAAUGCUGGAUGGGCAGGGAGGGAGUUUGCCCUGUCAUUCAUGCAGAAUUAUAUUCCCAACUACGACAGUCCUCGCUUUCAGCUAUACAUCACUGCUGUUCAGGCCAACGCUAAAGUGACAGUGCAAGUGCCUCCCUUAAACUUCAAGCAAGAGAAAACUCUAAGUGCAGGAGAAGGGGUCACCAUCAGUCUCCCUACUGGUGUUGAGAUGCACGACAGCACAAAGUCUCCCAACACGGUGCGCAUUGAAGCCUCAGCAGAUGUGACUGUAACCUCCUUCAACUACAAGCAGUACACGGCAGACACCUCUGUGGUGUAUCCAAUCACUGAAUGGGGUACAGAAUAUUUCAUCUUUACGCCUAUUGGGUCCCCCUUCGGCUCCUAUAAAGAGUUCUCUGUGACAAACGGCAAAGAGCCCACCAAAGUGGAGAUUUUCCCCCGUGGCCCCAUCAGGUUCCAGGGUCGUGUCUAUGCGGCUGGCAGCCGAAUGGUGAUAGAUCUCCAGCCGUAUGAGAGUGUCCAGCUCCAGAGCACAUACAAACUUUCUGGCACCAGAGUUACAUCCCAGCACCCUGUUGCGGUUGUCACAGGUCACACAUGCACCUGGUUCUUCUCCAAAUGCAACCAUGUAUACGAGCAGCUGCUGCCAGUCAGCAAGUGGGGAACCAGCUUUAUUGUGCCUCCACUGAGCUUUCAGAAGAACUAUGACAGCGUCUUCCUCCAAGCCUCCAAGCCCACCAAAGCCACUGUCAAAUAUGGCAACCGUGAGCAGAAUUAUAAUUUCGACAAAAGACGGAUAAUAGAGAUCCGCCACCACAAUACUGAAUCACUGUACAUCCAGGCUGAUCAUGGCAUCCAGGUCCUCUUCCUCUUCAACGGCGUCACACAGAACUGGCACCAAUUCAUCGACCCUUUCUUGAUGACAAUCCUGCCCACAGACCGCCUCUGCUCCUCUUACUCACUAGAGGCCCUGGAAGGCUUUGACAACCAAGCCCUGAUUGUGGCACAGACCAGUGCAAUGGCAGAGCUGCGUAUUGAUGGUACUAACCUGCCCCGUAAUGUCCAGUGGAAAAAGGUGGCAGGGACUGAGUACUCUUGGGUACAGAUGCCCUUCAAACUGACCCCUGGCAACAAUAGGCACACUGUGUCCAGCUCUGGUUCCCUCUUUGCGCUCUACAGUUUAGGAGUCAGCCAGAUGAAUGGUUAUGGUGCCCCAGGACAAUGUAUACAGCAAGGUGGUGGUGGAUCUUUGUCCUGUAGCACUAUCACUUGCAGUCCCAGUGAGGUGUGUGAAAUGAAGGGUGGGUAUCCCUCUUGUGUCCCUAAGCCUGUGGAAAAGAAACCUGGUGUCUGCUGGGCCAUGGGAGAUCCCCACUACCGCACCUUUGACGGGCGCCACUAUGACUUCAUGGGUACCUGUACAUAUGUCAUCGCUAAAAACUGUGGGAAGGAUGAUAAGCUCCCUGCCUUUGAGGUCCUUGCCCAAAACGAGAACAGGGGAAGCCUCAGGGUGUCGUAUGUCGCCUUUGUCACAGUGAAGGUGUAUGGCUUCACCAUCACAAUCGCUCGGUCUGAGACAGGUCGUGUGAGGAUUGACGACAGUCUGUGGAGUUUGCCUGUGACCUUGAAAAACGGCAAACUGCUCAUGUUUCAGAGCGGUCGCUCUGUGGUCAUUGAGACUGACUUUGGCCUGACUGUCCGUUAUGACUGGGAACACUAUCUCGAGGUCGAUUUGUCCGCCACUUACGCUGGUAAGACAUGUGGUCUCUGUGGCAACUUCAAUAACAACCCCAAUGAUGAUUUCACCACACCGUCCGGCACCCAGGCAGGUGGGGCUGUGGCCUUCGGGAGCAGCUGGAAGGUGCCAGGGCUGGUUAAAAAUGCUCUGUGCAAAGACGACUGUGUGGGUGGGUGUGAGCGCUGUGAACACAGCCUGAUGAAGAAGUGGGAGGGUGACUUGUUUUGUGGGCUCAUCACACUCAUACUCGAUGGGCCAUUCAGCAAAUGUCAUUCCGUCAUUGACCCACAAGCAUACCUGGAGAACUGUAAAUAUGACGUAUGCAUGGGAGGCGGCCUUCGACAUUUCCUCUGCAGGGCACUGGAGGCUUAUGCUGAAGCCUGCCAGCUUGCUGGGGUCCAGGUUCAAGACUGGAGGAAGAGGGCAAAAUGCCCUGCUAAAUGUCCAGCUAACAGCCACUAUGAGCUCUGCGGCAAUGCCUGUCCUGCCACUUGUUCUGACCCUGAUGCUCCCUCCAAAUGCAGACGUCCCUGUGUGGAGUCCUGCACCUGUAACAAAGGUUUUGUUUUGAGCGGAGGUCAGUGUGUGCCCACCUCCAAAUGUGGUUGUGUGUAUGAGGGUCGAAGCAUCCCUGCUGGGGAGUCAUUCUGGGCUGACCAGGGCUGUCGGCGAAGGUGUAAAUGCCUUGCUGGAAGCCGGCGCGUGGAGUGCCACAAUAAAGGCUGCGGGGCAGCGCAGCAGUGCCAGGUGGUUGAGGGCAUAAGAAAGUGCCAGGCAGUCUCCCACAGCACCUGCCAAGCCACGGGUGACCCCCAUUAUAAGACCUUUGACAACAGGAAAUUUGACUUCCAGGGCACAUGUGUGUACCAGCUGGUUGCACUCUGCUCUAAGAACCCAGACUUAGUGCCCUUUGAAGUGCUGGUGCAGAAUGAUCACCGGGGCAGCAGGGUGGUCUCCUACACCAAAUUAGUGGAGAUCAAGGUGGACUCCAUCAGCAUUAUCAUUACAAAGACCCACAAAGGCCUGAUUUUGGUGAAUAAUGAGUUGGUCAACCUGCCCGUCACCCUGGAUGAAGGAAAGAUAUCUGUGUAUAAGAGCGGCUGGUCGGCUGUGGUCACCACAAACUUCGGCCUCAAAGUCACCUUCAACUGGAACAGCGCUGUGUACGUAACACUGCCAAGCACCUACAUGGGAGCCGUUUGCGGCCUGUGUGGCAACUACAACGGCAAAGCCCAGGACGACUUGAUUCCAAAGAAUGGCGACAAACCUGUUUCAGCAGACAUUUUUGGCACCAGCUGGCGAGUGGCAGAGAUCCCAGGAUGUGUGGAGGGCUGUAAAGGGGUGUGUCCUAAUUGUGACAUUAAUGAGAAGGUUCAGUAUGAAAAGAAAGAUUUCUGUGGUAUCAUCACAGACCCCAAAGGGCCGUUCCGUGACUGCCAUGCCAAGGUGGACCCAGCUGGAUUCUUUGAGGACUGUGUUUAUGAUGUAUGCUUGUAUAAGGGCAGAAAGGAUGUGCUUUGUGAGGCUAUUACAUCAUACACAUCUGCCUGCCAAGCUGUGGGGGCCAAGGUGUACAGCUGGAGAACCAAACAGUUCUGCGCGGUGAAAUGUUCGGUCCACAGCCACUAUGAAAUUUGUGCGAUCGGCUGUCCCGCCACUUGCCAGAGUCUGACCCCUCCUCAAGGUUGCGACGCCGAGUGUGAGGAGGGCUGUGCCUGUGAUGAGGGGUACAUCCUCAGCGGGGAUCACUGUGUUCCCUUCUCAGAGUGCGGUUGUGUCUACAAUGAUCGCUACUACCGCAUCGGCCAAGUGUUUUAUCCCAAUGGGAAGUGUCAGGAAGAGUGCAAGUGCGCACAAGAUGGAGAGGUUGAGUGCAAGAAGUUCACAUGUGGCCCUAAUGAGAAGUGUAAAGUGGAGAAUGGUGUCCAGAAAUGUCACCCUGUUGGUAAGGGUGUGUGCCACGCCUCUGGUGACCCCCAUUACCGCUCUUUUGAUGGGCGGACAUUUGAUUUCCAGGGCACCUGCACCUACACGCUCUCCAAGAGCUGUGGGCUGGAAGGCACCCACCUGGUGCCCUUCUCUGUCCAGGUACAGAACGUGCAAUGGAACCAGAUGAUGAACAACAAAGUGGUGUCUGUCACCAAGCUGGUCGCUGUGGAGGUCUAUGGCUACACUCUCAUCAUGAGGAACAACAUGUUUGGGGUCCUGGUAAAUGGGGUGUUUAACUACGUGCCUGUGAAUCUUAAGGAUGGAGCAGUGCUAGUCUUCCAAGAAGGCAUGCACUAUGUUAUUGAAACAAAUUUCGGGCUGCGUGUCACUUAUGACCUGGUCUAUCACGUGACGGUCACAGUACCUGGUAAUUACCGUGACAAGGUCUGUGGCCUGUGUGGCAACUUCAAUGGUAACCAAAAAGAUGACUUCCAAAUGCCCAACCAUAAGCUCACCAACAAUGUGAAUCAGUUUGGAAAAUCAUGGAUGAUCAACAUCCCGAAUGUGAGGUGUGGAAAUGGCUGUGAGGGGAACAACUGUCCUGACUGUCCCCCAGCUCGCAAGGCUGUGUUUUCAAAGUCCACUUACUGCGGUAUUAUGACAGCACCCAAAGGUCCUUUUGCAGCCUGCCAUAGUAAACUGGACCCACAGCCUUACUUUUUGGACUGUGUGUUUGAUGUGUGUGCUUCUGACGGUGACGGGAAGGUGCUGUGUAACAGCGUAGCAGCCUAUGCGUUCAACUGUCACAUGGCAGGAGUGGACAUCAAAAACUGGAGGACGUCUUCAUUCUGUCCUAUGAAAUGCCCGGCCAACAGUCACUACGAGGUGUGUGCACACCCCUGCUCCUCAUCCUGCGCAGGCCUCUCAGAGAUUGUCAAGUGCUCUGACAGCUGUACAGAAGGCUGUGAAUGUGAUCCUGGCUUCUUAUAUGAUGGACAUGGGUGUGUUCGAGAGACUGAGUGCGGCUGUUACGACAAUGGAAGAACAUACAAGCCUGGUGAAGUGGUGUAUGAGGAAGACUGUAAGACAAAGUGCACCUGCAAACCAGAGACAGGCCUUGUCUGUGAAGACCAUACCUGCCCCAAAAGCACCAAAUGCAUGGUCAGGAAAGAAAUCAGGGCGUGCUACAACACAGAUCCCUGCAAAGAUGCCAAGUGUCGAGUCAAAGAGAAGUGCCAUGUUGAGAAGGGUGAAGCCGUGUGCGUCCCCGAGUACACAGGAGUAUGCUGGGCCUGGGGCGACCCCCACUACCACACAUUUGAUGGUUACAACUUUGACUUCCAGGGCACCUGCAAAUAUGUCAUCUCCAAGACCUGCGGGAAGCUGGAUGGUCUGGUGCCCUUCUCAGUCACUGAGAGAAAUGAUAACCGUGGAAACACGGCAGUUUCUUAUGUCAGGGAGGUAGAUGUGUCUGUGUACGGGUACAACAUCACCAUCCGCAAGAGCCAAGUUGGUCGAGUCAUGGUGAACGGAGAGCUGGUGAAUCUUCCUGUACGCCUGUCUGAGGAUGAGGGCGAGGGUGAGGUGUCAGUGUUUCAGCGUGGCCACACUGCAGUGGUGGAGACAAGUUUUGGCCUGAUCGUGUCCUACGACUGGAACUGGGAGCUGGUCAUCAGGCUGCCCAGCAGCUACUACGGCAGUGUCUGCGGUCUGUGUGGCAACUUCAACGGCAACAACCGCGACGAGCUCCUGAAUCCAGCCGGCAAAGCUGUCUCCUCAGUGAUAGAGUGGGGCAAGAGCUGGCAAACGCCUGAGCAGGACAAGGACCAUCCUUGUUGGGACACCUGCAAGAAAAACUGCCCUACCUGUGACGGUGACCAGCGUAAGCUCUAUGAGACCGAGGCUUUCUGCGGCGGCCUCGUAGCCAAAACCAACAAUGUGUUCAAGAAAUGUCAUGCAAAAUUGGACCCCCAGGCCUUCAUGAACAGCUGUGUGUAUGACAUGUGUUUAAAUAAGGGAGACAAAAAGAUGCUGUGCCAGGCAUUGGCCUCAUACAGUGAGCAAUGUCGUGAGGAAGGAAUAAUAAUCCAAGGAUGGAGGAAAAAGUUUGGCUGCCCAAUGAACUGUCAGCGUCACAGCCACUAUGAAGACUGUGCCAGCCCAAGUCAGCCAUCCUGCCCAUUCCCUGAGAAAAAGAAGGCCUGUACCGGCACCUGUGUGGAGACCUGUGUGUGUGACAAGGGUUACGUCCUCAGCGCUGGUGUCUGUGUGCCCGAUAAAACAUGUGGCUGCUCCUAUCAGGGCCGUUAUUACAAGCCAGGCCAGCACUUCUGGGACGAUGAGACCUGCGGCCGUCUAUGUGAGUGUGAUACGACCCUGGGCAUGGUGACAUGCCGCGAGGCUUCCUGCUCUGCCAAGGAGACAUGCACCGUGGUGGACGGAGAGCGUGCCUGCCGACCCAUCAGUCACGCCACAUGCACAGCCUCAGGUGACCCACACUACCGCAGUUUCGAUGGCCGCAGGUAUGACUUCCAGGGCACAUGUGUAUAUCAGCUGGUGGGACUGUGCUCGGAGCGGCCCGGGUUAGUGCCGUUCAAGGUGACUGUGCAGAACGACCACAGGGGAAGCAAAGCCGUGUCCUACACAAGGACUGUCACGUUUUCCAUAUAUGGCAUCACCCUCACCAUCAGCAGAGAAUACCCGCACAAGGUCUUGCUCAAUGGGCAGCUCGCUUCGUUACCGCUGGAUUACAAUAAUGAGCUGGUUGUGUUUCUCAGCGGCUGGACAGCUGUAGUGGAGACAGUUGCUGGUAUCACCGUGACCUUUGACUGGCGGAGCACAGUGAGUGUUACUCUGCCCAGCAACUACCAGGAUGCGGUCUGCGGUCUGUGCGGCAACUACAAUGGAAAAGGUCAGGAUGACCUGACCAUGCGGAACGGCCAGAUCGCCAAAAAUGGAGACAUGCUGGGGGAGAGCUGGCAGGUGGCCCUUGUACCAGGCUGCUCAUCAGUCUGCCAGGGGGCAUGGUGCCAGGCCUGUUCAGACUCCCAGAGGAAAGUGUACCGAGCCGAGAAGUACUGUGGUAUUAUUGCUGACAGAGCAGGGCCUUUCAGAGAUUGUCACAAACGUGUGGACCCUGCUCCUUACCUGGAGGACUGUGUGUAUGAUGCCUGUCAUUAUCAUGGUCACCCUGGAGCAAUCUGUGAUGCCGUAGGAAUCUAUGUCUAUGCCUGUCAGAGCGAAGGAAUCGUCAUCCAGUCCUGGAGAACAGAUAACUUCUGUCCAAUGGUGUGUCCAGCUAACAGCCAUUAUACCCUGUGUGCCACGGGCUGCCCGACCACCUGUGCCAGCUUAACCUCCCUUGUCACCUGCCACAGGGCCUGCACAGAGGCCUGCGAGUGUGACGAAGGCUACCUGCUGAGCGGGGAUACCUGCGUGCCUGUCAAAGACUGUGGCUGCUCCUAUGAUGGCCACUACUACAGGAGAGGAGACGUCUUCUACCCUGAAACCGAGUGUGUGGAGCAAUGUGUCUGUGGAGAGAACGGCGUGGUGUCUUGCCAAAAAGCCAAGUGCCAUGCAGGGGAGAUCUGUAAGCUUGUAAAUGGAGUGAAAGGCUGCCACCCUGAGGGGCAGGGCAAGUGUGUGGCUUCUGGUGACCCUCAUUACAUUUCCUUUGAUGGACGGAGGUUUGAUUUCCAGGGUACCUGUGUCUAUGUGUUGGCUAAGGUUUGUAAUGAUGACAAUGGCCGGCUCACGCCAUUCACUGUUACUCAGGGGAACGAGAAGUAUGGAAAUGGCAAAGUGGCUGUCACCAAGUCGGUUGCAGUGUCGGUCUACGGUUAUGUCAUUUACAUCCAGCAGAAGAUGCCAUGGAAAGUCAUUGUGGAUGAUGAACUUCUAAAUCUUCCUCUCUCCCUGGACGAUGGGCGUCUCAGGGUCACCCAGGAGGGUCGCAACGUAGUUGUGCGGACAGAUUUUGGACUGACAGUCUUGUAUGACACUGUCUAUUAUGUUGAGGUGAUCGUGCCCUCCACAUACCAGGGUAAGAUGUGCGGUCUUUGCGGCAACUACAACAAGAACGGCGGCGAUGACUUCAUACUUCCUAAUGGCAGAAAAACAAACAACGUCGAUGACUUUGGGAAGGCAUGGGUGGUGGACCUGCCUGGCAAUGUGUGUGGUGGCUGCGGAGGCCAGUGUCCAGUAUGUGAGCAGGCCAAGGCCACCCUGUACAGGAGAGCCGACUCCUGUGGCAUCAUGAGCGCACCUAAUGGGCCUUUCAAAGCCUGCCACAGUAAAAUCGACCCAGCGGCAUAUGUGUCCCAUUGUGUGUUUGAUGUUUGUGCGGUGGGUGGCGACAAAGACACUCUGUGCAACAGUGUCCAGGCGUAUGCUUUGGCCUGCCAGAGUGAAGGAGUGAAAAUCCAGCCAUGGAGGAGCGGCUCCUUCUGCCCUGCCUCCUGCCCUGCACACAGUCACUAUGAGGUGUGCGCCAACACCUGUGGUGGGACCUGUGCCAGCUUUAUUUACCCGUUCACUUGUUCUGAAGGCUGCUUUGAAGGAUGCGAAUGUGACGCUGGCUUUGUUUUCGAUGGCAUCCAGUGUGUUCCCUUGGACAACUGUGGAUGUGUGCUCAAUGGCAGAUAUCUGACGGUGGGCGAAACAGUGGUGGACAAAGGCUGCAAGUCCAAGUGUGUGUGCCAGGCCUCUGGGGUGGUGAAAUGUGAGAAGCUGUCCUGUGCCACUGAGGAGGUCUGUAGCGUAAGAGACGGGGUCAGAGGUUGCCACGUCAAACAGGGCCAGUGCGGCAUCAGCCAAGUCGGCCACCUCACUUCCUUUGAUGGCAUGUCUGGAGCGAUAGGAGCUAAAGGGGCAUUUGAAGUGGCGUCUCUGUGUGACGAAGCUGCCAAGCUGUGGUUCCGCGUGGUUGUGGAUGUCAGGGUCUGCAGUAGAGGGGCAUCUCCCGCUGUCGCCACUGUGUAUGUGUUCUUCAAGGAAACAGCUGUUGCAGUGAACAGCCAACACGUGACUUGGGUAAAUGGCAGGAAAGUGUCUCUUCCCGCUAAAGUGACGAGUGAAAUAUCUAUCCGAAUCUCAGAGAGGACUGUGAUCAUCGAGCACGCACAUGCCAUGCAGGUCACCUACUCAAUUUCACAGGAGGUCACCGUUAUUGUCGACAGCAGCCUGGCCGGUAAAAUGUGCGGCGCCUGUGGCAACUACAAUAGCAACUCCAAAGAUGACAUGAGGACCGCAGAUGGGAAAAUCACCACUGAUGUGACUGUGGUUGUUGGCUCCUGGAGCGCCGGGGACUUUUCUAGAUGAGGCCUGUAGAGAUGUUGGUUCUGCGGUGAUAGAAAGCAUCUGGUAUACAGGAUGAAGAAUGUGACGUUUGUUCGGUGGAAGUUGCUUGUUUACAGCCAGUCUUACUCAUCAUACUUCCAGUACUUCCUCUUGAUUCAUGAAAUGGUUUUGGUUGUUUACUGGCCGUCUGGUCCUCUAUUGUUCACUUUGGAGUGGUAGAAAAAAUCAGGCUCACUCUUGACCGACACCUCCAUCUAGUGGAGGAGGGAGUUACACCGCCUCUUCUCCACAGAGCAAGAGGAACUCGUCCUAAACCUGUCUUAUUAUACUGUACUUGCUUAGUUUUAAAAAUUGUUUUACAAAAUGUGAUCUCCUUACUGUUCUGACCAAUAAAAACUUUUCCAUUACACUG